GACAUUCAUUCAUCAUAAUUCAUGCGGAUAUAAACAAAUCUUACCAAAACAAUUUUAUACUUAAAGUGCCGGUAAAAUUUUCGAUUUGUGCUUUAAAAAAAGUGGUACUUUAAAAUACACCUGAAAGCUAUAUUAUAUAAAGACAAUACUCAAUGUUAAUUAGUGAUAAUAAGUUACCAAGCCAUGGAUACAUCUCUCAUGGAAACAGACAUCCAAGAUAGUUCGCUUGAACCCGAGCCCACAACUAUUCUAGAAAUGACUCCUACUAAUGGAGAUAACACUUAUUCAUACGAUGAACAAAAUAAAAUACAGUGUUCUAGUGACCUUGCAAAUACCACGAGUGCGUCUGAUUAUAAAAGUGACUUUGAAUAUCCAAUUUUGUUUGCAAAUAAAACUCUAGUAGAACUAUGCAGCUCUUCAUGGUCGCCUUCUCCUAAGGCUAAACAGGAAGUGCAACCUUAUUUGCGAGGCUGUAAAUGGUCUCCAGAUGGCACAUGUUGCUUAUCUGUAGUAAAUAAUGAUGGAGUUCAUCUUACUGAGCUACCACGAGACCUUUAUUCAGGUUCUAUUACACAGAAUCGAACAAUAGAUGUGUUGGAUUCAAUUGUACAUGUAAAAGAAGCUGGGUUGGUUUAUGAUUUCUGCUGGUAUCCUGGUAUGAACAGUAGUUAUCCAGAGACUUGUUGUUGGAUAACAACAAGGCAGAAUGCUCCAAUACAGAUGUGGGAUGCUUUUGAUGGAUCUUUGCGUUGUUCAUAUAGAGGAUUCAAUUCAGUAGAUGAGAUGGAACCUGCUCUCUCUGUUACUUUCAGUGUAGAGGGAGCCAGAAUUAUUGCUGGAUAUAAGAAAGUUAUUAGAACAUUUGAUGUGGAGAGGCCAGGCAGAGAUUUCUCUGAACAUAAAAUCGCUAGUGCUGCAUCAUGCUUUGCUACCAAUAGCAAUUUAUUGGCUGUAGGUUCUUGGAACACCACUAUUAGUUUGUACAACAUUAAUGAAAUGGGAAACUACAAAAGUAUAGGAAAAAUGCAUGGACAUUCAGGUGGCGUAACACAUGCAAAGUUCACAUCUGAUGGCCUUAGACUUGUAUCAGGUGCACGUAAAGAUCAUCGUCUUCUCGUGUGGGAUAUCAGAUACUACAGGCGGCCACUGAAUAUCUUAAGUAGAGUUGUCAACACCAAUCAAAGGGUAUAUUUCGAUAUAUCACCGUGUGGUAGAUAUCUGGUGUCUGGUGGAACAGAUGGGAUACUUAAAGUAUGGGAUCUCGAACAAGUGGAUUGGAAAUCAAGUUUGGACACCACUGAUGUUGAGUCUGAUACAGUUACAUUUAAGUUUCCUGUACAUAAAGAUUGUUGCAACAGUGUCUCAAUACAUCCAUAUAGACCCAUAAUGGCAACAGGUUCUGGGCAGUAUCAUUUCUCUGAUCCUGAAAAAUUGCUGGACGAAAAUGAACCCAAUAUAUUACACAGUCAAAGAGAAGCAGAGCAAUUAGCUAAUAGCGAGUGCAAGAAAGAAAUUUUAGGAGAGAUUGAUUUACGUUAUUCACAAAAUGCUGAAAAUAGUUUGAUGUUUUGGUGGACUGGAAGUAUGACUGAUUUAGCAUAAGGAAUGUGAUAUACUAGAUGCCUAAAAUAAAUAUUAUUAUUAGAACAUCAUAUGUAAACGUUGAUAAUAACAUUCAAUUUUUCAUUAAAUUGCAUAUUUUGUAAAGAGUCAUACGUACAUUAUUUGAUUGUGUAUCUUGUUUAUAACUAACCAAUAAAAAAAAGUGCUGAGAUGUUUUAUAAAAUGCUGUGGAUUGGCUGUGGUGAUAAUCAAAUUACAAGAAUAAAUAUGUGGUUGAUAUGGGUGUAAUAAUGCAAGUCUAUUAUUCAUUUGUAUUAUAUGUAUGUAAAUAAAA